AUGACAGAUAUCGAAAACACCCGUGGACGAACGAACCCAGAGGCUGACUCUUCUGAUGAAGAAGAGCCCGUUCGCUUCCGUCCACGUAUCAAUCCCUACGCCAACAAAGCCGACUGGCCCCAGGAGCCUCUAUACAUUGUUGGCGAGGUGGUAUAUGUGCUCUUCCCAGGCCAAGCGCAGCCUGUAGGCCCUUAUGUCAUUAUAUCGAGCAACUUUGAGAGUGCCACAUAUGAGAUAAAGAGGCAAGACACGGGACAGAAGCACCCGACAGCGGUAUCUGAGGGGCAACUACGAGUCACGGCGUGA